GCCUGAGCUUUCGCCGGUUCGCCGCCGAGGGGGCACGGCAUAAAAGCCAAGCCAGGUUUAAAUUAACUUAAAUUAUGUCAUCAUAAUACGAUACAAGUAUUUGAGUUAGGCCCCUCUGCGGUAACAGUUUCUUAAAACACAGCUGAGAAGCGUCAGGCAGUGUCGAAGACGCCCCGCGGUGGGUGCCUGCCCGGGAGUUGGGAAGCAACCGGAGGGCUGCGCCGGGGGGCUAGUCGCGGGGGCUUCCGGAACUUCCACGCCUGGCGAGGCUGAUGAUUAAAAUAGAGUUUGUUCUGCCGGACACGGGGACUGCGAUCGUGAGGCAUGGAGAUCCAAGAGAAACAACCUCAAAAUUAGCAUCCUUCUGGAGAAGCUCCAGUAAGAAAGUAGUCAGUCACCCACGGAUUAGGAGAGUGAUAUUCACCCAGGAUGGAAGUGUGUCCUUACUGUAAAAAGCCAUUUAAACGAUUAAAAUCCCACUUGCCAUACUGUAAGAUGAUAGGACCCACUGUACCUGCUGAUCAGAAAGCUUGUCAGUCCAAGCCAGCUACACGCCCACACGCUAAAAAAAUGAAAGGGCCAAUCGCAGACUUAAAUAACACUAAAGACAGAAAGUUGGAGAGUAAGAAGAGAAAUACCAACUUGGUAAAGGACAAACCAGAACAGGCAACAAAGUCUUUUCCGCUAUUGGCUGUUGGUUUGGAAAGAGCAAGUAAUACAAAGGCAGAUAAAGACAUCCAGAAUCAAGUUCAGUGCUCCAUCAAAAAGUUAAAAAAUACUGAACCAGAGAUUACUUUACAGGGAGAAACGAAGGCUCAGUUUUAUGCAUCAGAGAACACCACUCCUAAAAGAGAAUUUGCCAAAUAUUUGCCUACAUCGGGGGAGAGGAGAAGUAACCUUCCAGAAAUUGAAACAUCUUUACCUCUUGGCCCAGUAACACCUUCAUCAAAGCAAGAUAGAAAAUAUUCUUCAGCCUUACCCAAUGAUGUGCAGACCACUUCUGCUAAUUUAAGAUUGGACAAAAUUGAUCCCCCAAGACGGGAGCUUCUGGUAAAUUUACCAGAUAAGCCUAUUGGUAAUUAUCACAGUUCUCCCAUGAAUCUCAGUUGUGGGGUUGAAAGAGAAAGAACAUCGUUGUCAAGCAAUGAGAGACAGUCCAAGCCCAGGGACCACCUCCCAGAAAUCUCUUCUGAUGUUGGAGACUCUGAGACUCAAGAAAAGAACAUGGAAUCACAAUUUUUAAAUUUUAAGGUUAGCCCUGUAGGUGACAUCCAAGUCAGGGAGAACCAAGGAAAAGGACUGAACCUUGGAACAGAGGCACACGGUAGCAGAGGAAAUGCAGAGAAGAGAACAUCUGUAACAGAAAUGCAGCAAUGGGCUUCUGUGAGCGGUGAUGCAAAGAAUUUCAGUAGUGAUGAUUCAGCCACAGAGAAGAAAUGUCCAGGUGAAGGUCCCAGUUUAAAUUUGUGCACUCCAAGGGAGACAACGUGCAGUGAGCUGCUUUCUGUGUCACAGUCGCAUGAUCAAAGCCUUGCCUCUCUGGCUGUCAGAUUUUUUCAAGAAGAGAAAGCAAAAGCCUGCAAUCCUAACCGAGUCCCUGGCUUGAAGGCGUUAACAGAGAGUGGUAAAGGAGCUUCUCUGCAGCACGGAUCUGGCUGUGGGCUCCAAGUGUCACACCAUGGGUGCCAGCAGACCUUACAUUCAACCCUGCCUCACGCCUCUUACAGCCCCUUCAGUCAGAUUGGCAUCGCUGAUAGGAAGCCCCUUUCAAGCUCCCUGGGGCUGGAGUGGUUUCCAGAGCUCUAUCCUGGUUAUCUUGGACUAGGAGUAUUGCCAGGGAAGCCCCAGUAUUGGAAUGCAAUGGCCCAAAAGCCUCAGCUCACCAAUCCCCAGGGGGAGAGACUCUCGCAAGUUCCUUUGUUGGAAAGAAGCUCGACUGCUCUCAGGAGUUUGGAACCCCCGACCAGACUUACAACCUCCACCUUGUCUCUGAUAAGGCUCUUGGGAGCUGUCCAGAAAGGCUGGAUCGGGUGCAGCACCGCCGUGAGGAGCGGAGUGGGGGGCAUCGCCGUGCUCUUCACGGGGUACUUCGUCCUGUGGUGCGGCUGGAGUUUCAGGCAUCUGAGAUUCGGAUCCAGACAAAGUCAACAUGAUCAAGGGAAUACACUUCAUAGCUCCCGCUUGCAAGAGUGAUGUAAGUCUGGUACAUUUAUUACUCAUACGUGCAAAUAUCCCUACAAAAUAAGUUCACUUGCACAGCCAGUCCCCAUCAGGCGUGUGACCCGGCGGAUGCAAGGCUUCAUCCAGCAAGACUAGAGGUUCCUUUCCAAACUGAAUUUUAGACGAGUGAGCCUGAGCUGCCAGAAGCCAGGGCCCUGCAGACAUGAGGCAGGAGUAACUGCUCUGCUCUUCACAAAGCCAAGAAAUAGAAGUCAGGAAUGCUCAUAACUGGAUGGGCCACGUUAAACAGCCUCCUUGAUUUCGUCUCACAAAACGAUGCUCCGUGACUUCCACGGCCCAGCAGGAGCGCCCCUUGGGUAAGCAACAGGGCCUCCAGGGCCGUAGCUGCCAGAGAACCCAUACAAACAAGCCCCGUCCGCCUUCCCAGCCGUCCUGCAGAGAGUUACUGCGAUAGCCGGGCUCCUCUACACCUUCGAGAAGACUUGCAAGGAGAGCGCCCUUCUGGAAGGCUGGAAAUCCUUGCGGGCAGGCCCCAGUGCCCUGGCUGCGCCCUCAUGGUCUGCAGGGUGGGUUAACCCUGGCGUUAGCUCCUGGAGUUUAAGCCUGAGUGAGAAUAUCUGAAAUGCUGAGUGUACUGGGGAAAGUACUUUUGUCUAAUACACAUAAAAGUAUUUAGCUAUUAGGGGCGCCUGCGUGGCUCAGUCAUUGGGCGUCUGCCUUCGGCUCAGGUCAUGAUUGGGAUCGAGCCCCGCAUCGGGCUCCCUUCUCUGCUGGGAGCCUGCCUCUUCCUCUCCCACUCCCCCU